AUGUUUGGCACCCAAAGGUCUCAGUAUGUAGGUGGCAAGAAGGAGAAAUUUGUGAGGUUGGAAGAUUUGGACUCUAAUUUAUCAUUUAAAAGUGCAGAUAUGCCUGGGAAAAAAGUUAGUUUUGGGUUUAGCCUAGGGGGACUGACCUCUGGAGGUCGGUCCAGCAAUAGGAAAUCAUCGAAAUCAUUUAGGGUAGGGGUGAAAAGAGGAUCUGAAGGUAUACUGACUCUUGGCAGAUCACUAAGAUCCGGUGUGACCCGUGCUAUGUUUCCAGAAGAUCUUAAAGGUUCUGACAAGAAAAUAAUUGAUCCACAAGACAAAUCUCUCUUAUUAUGGAAUAGACUUUUGGUCUGCUCAUGUAUUAUUGCAGUUUCGAUAGAUCCCUUGUUUCUGUAUCUUCCUGUUUUUAAGAAUAACCCAAUGUGCCUUCACUUGGAUGAAAGUUUAGCAUAUACAACUACCACUCUUCGAACUUUGGUUGAUGCAUUUUAUGUUAUAAGGAUGGUUCUCCAAUUCCGUACAGCCUACAUUGCACCAUCAUCUCGAGUUUUUGGCCGGGGUGAACUUGUGAUUGACCCAAAAGAGAUAGCAAGUAGAUAUAUACACCGGUAUUUUGGUGUGGAUCUUCUAUCUGUGCUGCCUUUACCUCAGAUUGUUGUGUGGAGAUUUCUUCACAGAUCAAAGGGUUCAGAUGUUUUGGCUACAAAACAAGCACUCGUGAUCAUCGUGUUCCUUCAGUAUAUACCUAGAUUUAUUCGGAUUCUACCACUAAUGUCAGAGUUAAAGAAAACAGCUGGUGUAUUUGCUGAAACCGCUUGGGCUGGUGCUGUAUACUACCUGUUGUGGUUCAUACUUUCUAGUCAUAUAGUUGGAGCUUUCUGGUACCUGUUAGCGGUGGAGCGAAGAGAUACGUGUUGGGAAACUGCUUGUCAAGAGAGUAGUAAUGUCUGUGAUACAAAUUUUCUUUAUUGCACUCGUGAUGGCGAUGUAAAGUUAGAUGUUGCAGAAUGGAAAAACAUCACGGAUACCGUGCUGAAACCUCGCUGUGCUAUCAAUGAUACAUAUUCAGCAUUUAAUUAUGGGAUAUAUGCACAAGCCUUGACAUCCGGAGUUGUUGAAUCUGAGCUUUUUUUGUCUAAAUACUUCUACUGCUUGUGGUGGGGCCUGCAAAAUCUCAGUACUCUUGGCCAAGGGCUUCAGACGAGUACGUAUCCUGGAGAGGUUAUAUUCUCCAUAGCCAUGGCAAUCUUUGGCCUCAUCCUGUUUGCUCUUCUCAUUGGUAACAUGCAGACGUAUCUUCAAUCUAUGACAGUCCGUCUUGAGGAGAUGAGAAUUAAAAGACGAGAUUCUGAGCAAUGGAUGCAUCACAGAGUUCUUCCUCCAGAGCUCAGGGAAAGAGUUCGGCGCUAUGAUCAAUACAAAUGGAUGGAAACGAGAGGAGUAGAUGAAGAGAACUUGGUACAGAGUCUGCCAAAAGACCUCAGGCGAGAUAUCAAGCGACAUCUUUGUUUAAACUUGGUCAGAAGGGUGCCUUUGUUUGCCAAUAUGGAUGAGAGACUGCUUGAUGCCAUCUGCGAGAGGCUUAAACCAAGUUUGUUCACAGAAAAUACUUACAUUCUCCGCGAAGGGGAUCCGGUGGACGAGAUGUUGUUUAUCAUCCGUGGCCGUCUGGAGAGUGUAACAACAGAUGGUGGAAGAAGUGGAUUUUUCAACAGAGGUUAUCUGAAAGAAGCCGAUUUUUGUGGAGAGGAGCUCCUGACUUGGGCGCUGGAUCCUAAGGCUGGUGCUAAUUUACCACCUUCAACCCGUACAGUCAAGGCCUUAACAGAAGUAGAGGCAUUUGCCUUGAUAGCUGAUGAAGUGAAAUUCAUCACCAGUCAAUUUAGACGUAUACAUAGCCGGCAAGUUCAGCAUACAUUUCGAUUUUACUCGCAGCAAUGGAGAACUUGGGCAGCCACAUUUAUACAGGCUGCAUGGCGUCGAUAUGCAAGGAGGAAGCAUGCUGAGCUUAUUCGGCUUGAAGAUGAAAUGGAGAAUGCUCCCAGCCACAGUUUCGGGGCAACGAUGUACGCAUCAAAAUUUGCUGCUAAUGCUUUACGUGGUGUUCACAGAAAUCGUAGCUCCACAAUUAUAAAUCCGCCAAAGCCUUCUGAACCUGACUUUGAAGCAGAUUUGAUGGAUCCAACUGGAAAAACUUUCUGAUUCCUACCGUAGUGCAGAUGCCAAUUACUAACACGCUGUGUAGAUUACCUAGUUAAAAUACAUAUUCUGUUAAUUGACCUUGCUGUACAAAAUGACAUUUGUUUCUUCUUCCUGAUAGAGGAAGAGUACUUAACAGGCUAAAGUUCUAUAACCUAGUUAUCAUCGGAUAUAGAUACUUUGAGUUCUAUGUCAGCCGCACAAUCAUAACUGUAGAAAAGGAAUACAUUAGGAGGCAGCAAGGGUCAGAGACUCGAGAGGAAAAAGAUGAAGAAACCAGAAGUAUCAUGUAUAAAUUGCAAUUCUUGCUUUUGUACAUAAAUCCAAGAACAUAAAAUCUAGUAUAGAGAAUAUAGAACAACAUUCUUUACAAUGUAUUCUCAAUUUUGCUCUUAAUCGGAGCUUCUAAUAUAGAGAAGCCUAUGGAAUCUAUUUUCAAGGAUCAAAAGCUCUUUCCUUUACUCCAGAAGAUCAUUCCCUCCCCGUGUUGAUGUUGACACAUUAAAAAACAUUUUAGAAUAAAAGAGAACAUUUCCGGUGCCAAGGACUUGGGAAGCUGGCAGUCAGUGAACUCGCUCCACUAUACAGGUCUAGGUAUAUUCAAUGUAAACAACCUAUCUAGAACUACCAAGUCCUCUUUCACUCUUCAUGCCAUAUUUCAAGACAAUAUCAUCUCCAUCCUGGAAGAGUUGUCUCAUUCUUCCACAGGGGCAUAUCAACUCCGCCAGGCCGGUGAUUGUUCCAGAUCAACAUCUUCUUCCCACCAUGUGGCAUU